GAGUGCUCGGGCGAAAAUAUCAUUAGCUAAUCUGAGCAAAGCCGAGGAAGGCGGCAGCCAAGAUCUGUUCCCGAAACCCCAGCUUGGUAUCCCCCAAAGAGUGCCGAUGACGGGUCGCUCCUACCACCGGAAGGGCCGCGUCUUCCCGGCCUCCGUGCCCAAGCCCAUCCCGCCGCUGAAGCAAGUGAUCGCUACCCGCCUCAUCGGCGUGGUGAAAUGGUUCAACGUCCGCCAGGGGUACGGCUUCAUCUGCCGCGUCGACAAGCAGGAAGAUGUGUUCAUCCAUCAGUCCGCCAUUGUGCGAAACAACCCUCGCAAGUGUCAGCGAAGCGUCGGCGAAGGGGAAGUCGUCCAGUUCGACCUGGUGGCCGGGGCGAAGGGGGCGGAGGCGGCCAAUGUCACCGGGCUCGGGGGCGCCCCGGUCCGAGGCAGCACCUACGCGGCCGACCGCGUCGGCACGCGCUGGGGCCCGGGCCGCGCGCGCCCGACCAGCCGGCACGGGCGGUGGAACGAGCCCCGCGGGAGGAAGACGGGAGCCCUCCGCACACUCACCUGCGUCGAAAUCUGCAAGAACGGCCCACUCGGCCCGCCAGCGGAGCCCGAAGCGGGGAAAGAUGCAGGCGGAGGAGGGGAUGGGAACGGCGGCGGCCAAGCGAAGCUGGACAACGCCAUCGGGGCCCCGCUCUGGCUCCCCCGAGGCGGCGUGGGAAUCGCGGGAUGGGCUCGGCCGCCCGCGAGUGACAUGGAGCGGGAAGCGCCCAAGGCGAAGGAGCCGCCGGCCAGCCCCACCUGUUGCCGUCACACCUGUCAGCACCGCCGAGCCGGCCACGUGCAGAUGGUGACCAAGGUAGCCGCGGCUCCCGAAGCGCCGCAACCACCGGGCCGAGAGUUCCUGUGAUGAGGCGGCAAGGCCCCACCGCCGUGAGGGGAGGUCGGAAGAUGAGCCGGCGGAACGAGGGCUCCCGUUAUUACUGAUUUUACAGUCUCUUCUCAAUAAAUUCACGGCUGCCAAUU